AUAGUGAUGACGUCAGCAGCUGGAGCAUCCAGAUCUUGCAACCAAAAGAAGCUUCCCUUCACACACGCACACAGUGUUUUGUAAUUUUGUUUUUCCUUCACUUUCUCUGUGUCUUUGUCUCGCCAAAGAAAAUCUUUUGCAACCGAAAACAGAGAGCCCAGAGAAAGAGAAAGAGAGGAAAACCCAAAAAAUAAAAAAAGCAGAGAGAGAGAUGAAUUUAGGGAAAGAAAAAGAAGAGCAGAACAAAUUAACAAUAAGCCACAAAAAUUUAUCACCAUGAAGGCUCAUAGCUAUAGUCACCAUCAUCAUUUCAUCCUCUCUUUAGUUCUAUUAUCACUAUCAUUUCCUUCGUCAUUUUCAUCUCCACAAUUACCUGGUCACAGAAGAAUUCUUCACCAGCCAUUGUUUCCAGCUAAUUCAGCUCCACCACCAGAAACAGUAACAGAAUCAUCACCGCCGCCUCCUCCGCCGUCUGACAACCAAGAAUUUCCAACUCCGGACCAACCAUUCUUCCCAGAAGUGCCCGCUGGAGCUAACCCAGAUCAAAGUCAACAUCAACCGCCACCAGCAUCACAAGCAGCAACAAAUGGAAGUAUACCAAUCCCAACAGCAACACAGCCAGCUAAACCAGCUAAAAAGGUUGCAAUUGCAAUCUCAGUUGGGAUUGUUACUCUCGGGAUGUUAUCUGGUCUUGCAUUCUUUUUAUACCGUCACCGUGUUAAACACCCAAUCGAGACUCAAAAACUCGUGGGUGGCACUGGCAUCAAUAAUAAUUCUCAGAGAUUCAAUGAUGAAUCAAUGGUACCCUCUUCCAGUGUUCUUUAUAUGGGUACUGUACAUCCAGGCAGGACAUCAGGAGAAGUCGCUAAUGUAACAACAAAUGAAUCUGCUCCCAAUGUUUCGCCUUAUCGUAAAUUGAAUUCUGUCAAGAGAUCUGAUCGUUAUAGGCCUAGUCCCGAUUUGCAGCCGCUUCCACCAUUGCCUAGACCUCCUUCGCGACAUGAGAAUCAUAAUGAUAGUGAUAAUUCUCCAUCUUCUUCGUCUGAUGAGGAGAGUCAGGGUACUGCUUUUUAUACCCCGCAAGGCUCCUUAAUCAGCAAUGAGGACACCUAUUACACCCCUGCAAUUGUUAAUAACAGCUCUUCGGCAAAGCGUGGUAAUGCUAAUGCUCCUGUUAAUGGCCAUUGUGUUCCUCAUUCUAAAAGGACUUCUCCCAAGUCAAGAUUAUCUUCAGUUGCUUCGCCUGAAAUGAAACAUGUUAUCAUCCCCUCAAUAAAGCAGCAGCCAUUACCAUCAUCCUUGCCACCGCCACCGCCACCGCCACCGCCUCCUCCUCCACCACCACCACAAAGGCCAAAAUUCUCAGCUCCUCCACCACCGCCACCAAAUAUGGCAAUUCUCCGAUCAAUAAGCAACCAGCAACCAGGCCAAAUUCCAGCUCCACCACCACCUCCGCUACCGAUGGCGAUGUCAAUGCCAAGAAAAACAGGGUCCUCCUCUGAAACAAGUGUUUCUUGUACGCCUAGCACAGUGUCAUCACGGAAGCAACAGUCGUGGACACCAAGUCCAAGAGCUGCCAUUUCCAAGAAUGAAAGUGUAAAUAGAGGGGUAAGUUUAUCGGACAAAACUGAUGCCGAGGAACAUGAUGGAGGAAGACCCAAGUUAAAGCCUCUGCAUUGGGACAAAGUCAGGGCUACUUCAGACCGGGCUACAGUGUGGGACCACCUCAAUUCUAGCUCCUUUCAAUUAAAUGAGGAUAUGAUGGAGACUCUUUUUGGCUGCAAUCCGACCAAUCCGGUUUUAUCAAAAGAACCCACAACUAGAAGAUCUGUUUUGCCUGUCGUAGACCAUGAAAACAGAGUUUUAGAUCCAAAGAAAUCACAGAAUAUAGCUAUCCUGUUAAGAGCACUCAAUGUUACCAGAGAUGAAGUUUCUGAAGCUCUUUUAGAUGGCAACCCAGAAAGCUUGGGUGCUGAGCUUUUGGAAACUCUCGUGAAGAUGGCUCCAACCAAAGAGGAAGAAAUAAAACUUCGGGAAUACAGCGGUGACACCUCCAAACUAGGGUCUGCAGAACGAUUUCUCAAGGCAGUACUUGAUAUUCCAUUUGCUUUUAGAAGAGUUGAGGCCAUGCUUUACAGAGCCAAUUUUGAUACAGAAGUUAAAUAUUUGAGGAAAUCUUUUCAAACCCUUGAGGUAGCGAGUGAGGAACUGAAGAACAGCCGGUUAUUCCUAAAACUCCUUGAGGCUGUUCUCAGAACUGGGAACCGGAUGAAUGUUGGCACAAACCGUGGUGAUGCUAAAGCAUUUAAACUUGACACACUCUUAAAACUUGUAGAUAUAAAGGGAACGGAUGGGAAGACAACAUUGCUCCACUUUGUUGUUCAGGAAAUCAUUAGAUCUGAAGGUGCAAAUACUGAUUCUGCAAAUGAGAAUCUGCAGAGCAGCGCCCAGUCAAAGUUCAGGGAGGAUGAUUUCAAGAAGCAAGGGUUGCAGGUUGUGUCUGGACUGAGUAGAGACCUCAGUAAUGUCAAGAAGGCAGCAGGAAUGGACUCUGAUGUUUUAAGCAGCUAUGUGAUAAAACUUGAAAUGGGGCUAGAGAAAGUCAGAUCAGUUUUGCAAUAUGAGAAGCCAGAUAUGCAAGGGAAAUUUUUCAACUCAAUGAAGCUGUUUCUAAGAGAGGCUGAAGAGGAAAUCACUAGAAUCAAGGCAGACGAAAGAAAGGCUUUAUCACUCGUGAAAGAGGCCACUGAAUACUUUCAUGGGGAUGCAGCAAAAGAGGAAGCUCACCCUUUCAGGAUUUUCAUGAUUGUAAGAGAUUUCUUAACCGUAUUGGAUCACGUGUGCAAGGAAGUAGGAAAGAUGCAGGACAAAACAGUGAUGGGCUCUGCUCGUUCUUUCCGAAUAUCUGCAACUGCAUCACUGCCAGUUCUUAACAGAUACAACAUGAGACAAGAUAGAAGUUCAGAUGAGGAAAGCUCUUCUCCUUGAAACCAACCAUGUCUAUACGAAACACAUGAACCUUUAGGACCGAAAUAGCUGAAACCUAAAAAUGGUUACAAGGCUGGGAUUCAAUUGAAGCAGCAUCAUAUGGUACAUCUGUUUUUUAAUUACAAGCGUGUCAAGUAGAGGAUGAUGGAGAAGGAAGGGCAAGUCAGAAGUGGUGUUCAAUUAUCAAGGAAAUCCCAAUUCAUGUAAAGAAGCAAUUAUUAGUUUACCACAAAAGAAGAACACAUUUUGUAUGAGAAUUGUUAGAUAGAAUUCGUCCACAGCCCAAAAGUUACUAUAUAAUAAUAAACAUCAAAACAAAUGGAGAAUGGAGCACCAAAAUGCUUUCUCUGAGCAGAAGAAGGAAAAGAAAUUGGAGGAGUUCUGUUGUGUUGUCUGCUCUAAGCAAAGAUGGCUUAGGUUUCUUCAUUUAGGUCAGAUUCUAAUAUAUUGUGAAGAAAGCGGAAUGUUUUUGAUAUUACUUACAGUACUGUGGUCUUCACUUAUUUUAUUUUUACUAAUAAAUAAUAACUAGCAGUUUUUUUUCUU